AUGAGGCCUUCCCUGCAGGCAGUGGCACUCUGGGGAAAGAAGGCCCCUCCCCACAGCAUCACUGCCAUCAUGAUCACCGAUGACCAGCAAAUGAUUGUGACUGGAAGUCAAGAGGGUCAGCUCUGUCUCUGGAAUCUCUCACCAGAACUAAAGAUCUCAGCGAAAGAACUCCUAUUUGGUCAUUCAGCUUCAGUAACAUGUUUGGCAAGAGCAAGAGACUUCUCUAAACAGCCCUAUGUUGUCAGUGCUGCUGAAAAUGGGUAGGUAAGAUGUGUGGAACUUUGUCCCCUUCCCCAUUCCCUUCCCUUUUGAAAAACUAUGAUGGGGUAUAAUUUUAAGGCUUUUUGCUAUUACCACUGCUCAUUCCGGAUGACAGGAGAAGGUUGGCUUCUUUGCUGUGGAGAAUAUCAAGAUGUCCUUAUAAUUGAUGCCAAAACUUUGGCUGUUGUUCACACUUUUACAUCAUCUCAGUCUCCCGAUUGGGUCACCUGCAUGUGUAUUGUUCACUCCAUGAGGAUUCAAGAAGAUUCUCUCUUGGUGGUAUCAGUAGCUGGUGAGCUCAAAGUAUGGGAUCUCUCCUCGUCUAUCAACAGCAUCCAGGAAAAGCAAGAUGUCUAUGAAAAAGAAUCCAAGUUUCUCGAGUCCUUGAACUGCCAGACAAUACGAUUUUGCACAUAUACUGAGAGACUUCUAUUGGUGGUAUUUUCUAAAUGUUGGAAGAGCUGUGCCUUUGUGAUGGGAUACAUCAAUGAAAGGAAAGAGCCUUUUUAUAAGGUACUUUUCUCUGGAGAAGUCUCAGGAAGAAUUACUUUGUGGCACAUCCCUGAUGUUCCCGUAUCCAAGUUUGAUGGUUCUCCUAGAGAAAUACCAAUAACUACCACCUGGACUCUUCAAGAUAAUUUCGAUAAGCAUCAUACCACGUCACAAAGUAUUAUUGACCAUUUCUCCGGGUUUAAAGAUGGGGCCGGAACUGCGGUAGUCACUUCAUCAGAGUAUGUUCCAAGUCUUGAUAAACUAAUCUGUGGCUGUGACGAUGGGACAAUUAUCAUCACGCAGGCUUUGAAUGCUGCCAAAGCAGGACUUCUAGAAGGCGAUUCUUUGUUAAAAGAUUCCUCCCCUCACAAAGUUCUCAAAGGACAUCACCAAAGUGUUACUUCAUUACUUUAUCCACAUGGUCUCUCUUCAAAAUUAGACCAAAGUUGGAUGGUGUCUGGGGAUCAAGACUCAUGUGUCAUCUGGUGGGAUAUCUUUACUGAAGAAAUUCUGCAUAAAUUCUUUUUGGAAGCUGGUCCAGUAACAAGUCUUUUGAUGUCACCAGAGAAGUUCCGAGUAAGGGGUGAUCAGAUAAUUUGCUGUGUGUGCAGCGACCAUUCUGUGGGUCUCCUUCACCUGGAGGGGAAGAGGUGCCUCUUGCGUGCCCGGAAGCACCUUUUCCCUGUGAGGAUGAUAAAAUGGCACCCGAUAGAGAAUUUUUUAAUUGUUGGAUGUGCAGAUGACUCUGUCUACAUCUGGGAAAUUGAAACAGGCACUUUAGAAAGACAUGAGACAGGAGAAAGAGCUCGAAUUAUUCUUAAUUGUUGUGAUGAUUCACAGCUUCUAAAGCCUGAAUCUGUACUUCCAGUUGCCUCAGAGACACAUAAGCACAAAAGUGUAGAACAGAGAUCUUCCAGCUCCUACCAGCUUGGGCCAAUACCUUGCCCUGGUCUGCAGGUGGAGUCUUCAUGUAAGGCUGCCGAUGCCAAGUCUUUCCCGAGGCCUUUUAAUGUCUUGCCUGUGAAGACAAAAUGGAGCCAUGUCGGCUUUCACAUUCUUCUAUUUGAUCUGGAAAACCUUGUUGAACUUCUGCUGCCAACUCCACUCAGUGGUGGUGACUCUUCCAAUUCAUCCUAUGGUAGUGAGAUCCUGAGAAGAGCCAAGAGUACUGUAGAGAAGAAGACAAUCACACUGAAGAAAAAUAAAACUGCCUGUGGUCCUCUCUCAACAGAGGCACAAGCCAAGCCCGUUAGUGAAAGCCUGGCCCAAGGAGAUAAUACCAACAAAUUCUCAGAAGAAAAUGAUGGCAUUAAAAGGCAGAAGAAAGUGAAGAGCUCCAAAAAGAUGCACCCUAAGCUUUCAAUCAAAGUUGACGCCAGCCUCACCAUAGACACAGCUAAAUUGUUUUUGUCUUGCCUUUUGCCGUGGGGGGUGGAUAAAGAAUUAGAUCAUCUUUGCAUUAAGCAUCUCAAUAUUUUAAAGCUUCAGGGUCCUGUUUCUUUAGGACUUGUUUCCGAUGAAGAUCACAUCUCGUUGAUGUUGCCAGGUUGGGAUUUAUGCAAUACUGAAAUGAAGAGAGAUGAUUCAAGAGUCAACUUAUUUUCUGGAAAAGUUUUGGACUUGUCCAAUAAGUACAUAGCUACUCUUUCAAAUCAGCUUGUCAUUCCAAGAGGACUGGAAAAUAAUUGUUAUUCUUUGCAAGAGUCAAAUACUAUAGUUUAUUUAUUGAGCAGACUAUUUUUAGUUAAUAAAUUAGUUAACAUGCCUUUAGAAUUGGCCUGUGGAACUGACAGUUCCUUCAAAAUGGAAUCUGUACAUAAUAAGGCGAAAAGUCCUGCGAGCGAUAUUUUAAAUAUCUCAAGCUUCUAUGGUUACUUAAGAAAUGGUAAGAACGGAUCCCAUGUACCGGAGGCUGACCUUUCGCUUUUCAAGCUAAUUUCCUGUUGGAGAGACCAAUCUGUGCAGGUAACUGAAGCAAUACAAGCCGUUCUCUUGGCGGAAGUUCAACAGCAUAUGAAGACCUUGAGAAAGACACCAAUAAACAGUCAACCAGUGUCCAUGGCAAAGAAUGGUAACUGUGAGAUGAUGCAGAAUCUGCCAAAGAUGGAAUGGGCAGAGGAAAUAGAGUUACAGUGUAUUAGAAGCACCUUGCCUCUUCAAACUCCAGUCAGUCCGGUCAACCAUGACAGCAACUCAAACUCGGCAAACUUCCAAGAUGCUGAGGACAUGCCUGACAGAUGUGUCUUGGAAGAGUCUGAGAGUCCAGGUGAAUCCCAGAUUGAAGUUUCUGGCUUAGACCCUGUGAAGUCUACUUGCUCCUUCACUGGCAUUUAUACGUUCCUGAAACCUGUGGGAAUAACUUUGAUGUCUAGUGAUAGAAGCACUGAGACAACAUCGUGA